AUGGAUCCAAGCUAUGAGGAACUUGUCAAACAACUCCAGGAAACGGAGCGUCUCCGUGCUGAAGCGGAGCGUCUCCGUGCAGAAGCGGAGCGUCUCCGUGCAGAAGCGGAGCAGAACGCCAUCGCCGAGAAACAACGCGCCGAUAAACAAGCACAACAAGUUGUAGAGUUGCAGGAGCAAAGGCGUCCGACCACUCUUAUCGAGUACUUUCAGCUCUGCCACGACCACCUGUCGACAAAAUUCCGCGUCCAGACCGAUCGACGGUUCACGACCCAGGGAAUCUGGACAGACCCGGCGGGAAAAUACUGCCCCCGCCGCCUUGCACAGUGGGAUGGCUUCCUUGAUGAACAGAGGGCUGCGCUUGGCAAGGUUAUCGCCUUCUUCCCCGAAACACUCCAAUUACUUGAAUCGCGUGAUUUUGUCCAGGGUAUUGGCAGCCGCCUGGCAGCUGGGUCCCCAAUUGGUAGCGAGCGCGACCUUGAGCGGUUUCAUCACACUGCUGUCGAGCUUCCUGUGCAAUGCAUCAUCGAUCAAUUCACGCAUUCCCAACAACAUGCAGACGCAAUACCACCGCUUUUGGGCGUGGGGGAUGGUAUCUUCUUCGAGAACCACAUGAACAUUCUCAAUAGCGAUACAACUCCUUCCACAAGCGCCGCACCAUCGACGCCGCCGCCGCCACCACACGUCCCACCUACUAAUAAGAUCUCCAUCCGGCCUGACCAGAUCUGUGUGUACCGGUCCUUGAACGGUGACCGAACGCUUGCAUACGUGCUGGAAUACAAGGCUCCCCACAAGCUAACGGCGCAACAUGUGCGGGAAGGAAUUGAAGACCUAGACGUGGUUCGCGACGUGGUGAAUUGCGUCGAAAUCCCGAACAACGAUGACGACCGCUUCCGUUACUUUGCCAGGAGGCUCUCAGCUGCAGCUGCCACCCAGACUUACCACUACAUGCUCCAGGCUGGGCUCGAGAUGGGGCUUGUUGCCACAGGCGAGGUCAUGAUCUUCCUCAAGAUCGACUGGGCCGACCCAUCCACGCUGUACUACCAUGUCGCCGAACCCACCCACGAGUGCCAGGCCCAGCCAACCGAACUCAUCCCCUACUGCACCGCCGUCAGCCAGCUGCUGGCCUUCACUGUGAUGGCGCUGCUCGGACCCGGGUCGCAGGGUCAAGAUGCGCGGGACCGCGCCAUAUCGGGUGCCUCGACCUGGAAUGAGGACUGGGACGAGAUCUUGGCCCGGAUGGGGAACACGCCGGCCGCUCGCACACCUCCUUCGUCGGGGCGCUGCUGGGAACCGCGGAUCUACGUCGGGUACGACCGGUCCCCCAUCCCGUUCCGCCACCCGAGAAGGAAAAAGAGUCCUCAGGCAGAUGAGCCGCCGCCAUCCCUCGGCCGGGGGCAGGGUCCUCCGCCGCCCGACGACGAAGAUGCCGGCCCCAAUCCUGACUCCCACCCUCUCCUCCUGCCGGCCAAAGAGGGUCGAAGAGGAAGCGUAGCGCUACGCAGUCAUCCGGAGCUACAGCGGCGGCGCCACGGCUAUACGUUGGCUGCCAAGGGGACCACGUCUUCAUCAGUACGCUUUAUCGAGCACGAAGCGCGUAUAUACGAGCAGCUUCAACCGAUCCAAGGCCUUUUCGUCCCCGUCUCUCUUGGCACCAUCGACCUUCGGGAGGUAGGACGGCGCUAUUUCUACGCGGCCGAUGUCCACAUCAUUUACUUCCUCCUCCUCUCAUGGGCCGGCAGGGAUCUACGCGAAGCUCGGGAGCAACCAAGUAGUGUCGGGAUACGGAGAAACGUGAUCCGAUCACUGCAAAGCCUCCACGCCCUAGGAGUGGCACACGGCGACGUCCGGCGGGAGAAUCUGGUAUGGAGUCAUAGGCCGAGCGACCCAGUCAUGGUCAUUGAUUUUGAGCGGUCCGUUCUCACCAAGGCGUCGUGCCAGCUCGGGUUGCUGGGGGGGUCGGAAGACGGGGAGGAGCUGCCGCCGGAGUGCCUCAGUGAGGAUGAUAAGCUUUUUGAGCAGGAUUUGCAGAAAGCGACCUACAUUUGGGUUUAA